CCUCGUCGCACUGAUUACUGGGAGUUGUAGUCUCUACCUUUGCGAACAGGCAUGGCGGCCUCUAUUGCAGGGUGCUAUGGAACAACAAUGAGCCUGGCCCGGACUGUUGGAGCUGCCAGGACACUGCGCUCUACGCCGGCCUCUGUCACCUGCCUGGCCCGCGCGGGGCCAAGCCGCCAGCAGAGCACUAGACCUUCUGAACCCGGCGCAUUCCAGCCGCCGCCUAAACCUGUUAUCGUGGACAAGCGCCGCCCCCAACGCCAGGAAACAAGGUUCUUGAGUCCUGAAUUUAUUCCUCCAAGGGGAAGAACAAAUCCUCUGAAAUUUCAAAUAGAAAGAAAAGAUAUGUUAGAAAGGAGGAAAAUACUCCACAUUCCAGAGUUCUAUGUUGGAAGCAUUCUUCGUGUUACUACAGCUGAUGCAUAUGCCAGUGGAAAAACCAGCCAAUUUCUGGGGAUUUGUAUUCAGAGAUCAGGAGCAGGACUUGGAGCUACUUUUAUCCUUAGGAACACUAUUGAAGGACAAGGUGUUGAGAUUUGCUUUGAACUUUAUAAUCCCAGAAUCCAGGAGAUCCAAGUGGUCAAAUUAGAGAAACGGUUGGAUGACAGCUUGCUGUACUUACGAGAUGCCCUUCCUGAAUACAGCACUUUUGAUAUUAAUAUGCAGCCAGUAGUACAAGAAUCUAGCCAAGAAGUUCCUGUUAAUCAGCUGAAAGUAAAAAUGAAACCUAAGCCCUGGUCCAAACGCUGGGAACGUCCAAAAUUUAAUAUUAAAGGAAUCAGAUUUGAUCUUUCUUUAACUGAAGAGCAAAUGAAAGAAGCUCAGAAGUGGAGUCAGCCUUGGCUUGAGUUCGAUAUGAUGAGAGAAUAUGAUACUUUAAAAAUUGAAGCCGCGAUAUGGGAUGAAAUUGAAGCAUCGAAAAAGUCCUGAUCUGAGAAUGAAUUUAGCGUCUUAUGGAGGAGGAUAUACUGACCACAGAAGAUUUUUUUAGAGACCAGUUUAAUUUCAUGUGUAAGGACAUAGUCAUUAAAUCAGCUAAGCAUUCAUUAUUUUAUGAGUACUGUUUUUUAAAAAAAAUAAAAUGAGUACAUCAGUUUAUUAUUUUAAAAAAAGAAAUAUACAUGCCAAUUGGUCCUGUGUCGAUUCUCUUACUGGAGGCAAAGCUACAAUAGGGUCAGACUCUUACCAGAAUGCUUUUCAUUAAGCCUGGAAUCUGAACAAGGAAUGGGUGAAAUAAGUAUACAGAAAAGUGUAAGAUUUAAGGAAUAAUAGUAAAAUGAGCAUUCAUGUACCCACCAUCAAGUUAUGUAAAACAUUUAGUAAUAUCUGAGAAAGUUAAAUAGAAUAUUUACUAGGAUCUGAGAAGACUCUUGUGUGUCUGCAGUUGUAUCCCUCCCCUCUCCCAGCUGUAGGCACUAUCCUGACCGUUAAUUGUUCCCUUGCAUUUGUUUUAGUUUGUUACGUACAUAUGCGUUCUUAAUAUAUUCAGUUGAACAUAACAGUCUUUGGGUCAUAGUCUAGUUUCAGUUUCCAUGAGCUUACAAAAAAAAACACUUUUGAGGAAGUUCAUGGCUAAGGCCAUGAGUGAAUUCUGCUAAAUAGAAGGCUCACCACAGGGCUUUGGCAGGGCUAUAGUGUAGAUGGAGUAAUUGGCGUCUGACAGAAAUGUGGUUGGAGAGAGUAGACUGCUCUGUAUUUUCUGGUUCUCAGCUCAUGAUGAAUCAAACUCCAGCUUGUAAGAGUAGGUCAGAACAAUACUUCAGUAGGGUGAUACGAGUGUCUUGCUGAGAAUGGAAUGGAAAGCUGGCAGGUAAUCAGUCACACAUGGCAAACACCGGUCUACAGGUAGUUUGGGCCAGGCUUAUCUGGACAUGGCUGUGCCACAGGUUAAAAAGAGUACAGUACUAGCAUGGGUCUUGGUGAGGGCAACACUCAACCUGUCUGUUGAAUCAUGCUGCUCAGAUCUAUACUCCGGUGCCUAGUUAUUUUGGGACUUGCAUUCACUUCUCUCCUGUGCUGAUCUGUUUUCUGGUUUCUUUGUUUUCAUUUUAUUGGCUACUAACUAGUUUUAGUAGAGCAAAUUCUUUUGUUAGCUUCUGGAGGAAGUAUAUAUGGAGGUACAUUUUUGGAAACCUUGUAUAGCUGUAAUAUUUGAUACUUUAUAAAAUUCUAGGUGGAAGAUAAUUUUCUUCCAAAUUUCAGAGGUAUCACUCCGAUGCCUCAUGUUGAAAAAUUCAAAACCAUUUUGAUUUCUGCUGCUUGUAUGUGACUUGAAAGUUUGUAGCAUAUCUUUGUGCUCAGUAAUUUCACAGUGAUGUGCCUUGAAGUGAAUCUAUUUUCUUUAUAUUGGGCAGUCUGAUGAACCCUUUCAAUGUGGUAACACAUGCCUUUCGAUUCUGGGAAACAGUGUUUAGUGAUGAUUUUCUUCUGCUUUUUCUGGAACUUAUUUUUUGAUGUUGAAUUUCUAAGACUAGAUCUCUAUUUUUCCUACCUCUGCCUCCAUCUCUGUGUUUUAGCUCUUUAAUUCUUGGCAACUCUGCUAUCAUGUUUUUAAAUCUCAAGAUCUCUUUAAUUUCUGAAAGUUCCCUUUCUUAGAUAGUACUCUGUCCUGAUUUUUUAUGCCUGUCUAUGGAUUUGUUCUGUUAUCACUGAGGAUAUUCAUGAUAGUGUUUGUAUUUUUUUCUUGUGAAAUUGCUUUUCUGCAGCAUCUCUUUUCUCCAAAUUUCUUCUUUCUGUGGGUAUUUCUUUAUAUUUUAGGCUUUUCCUAGACAUCUGGCAAUCCUUUGUUGUCUUCUUAUGGUUGAACACUGAACUAAAACUGGUUUGAAGCCUUGGACUUGUAGGAAAGGGUUGUCUUUAAGGUUAUCUGGGUGGCUGUUUCUUUUUUUAGAAAUUCUCUCCUACUUGAGAAUGUCUUGGUUUGGUCAGACUCUCCAGAGUAGAGGAUUCAAGUCUUCCUGGCAGUAAGGCUCUAUCUGCCAGUGUUUUGGGAGCCAUAUUGGGGAAGAAGAACGGGAUUUGUGGCACUCUACAUGGAUAUGGCUGUCCUGUCCUCCUUUCUUCCCACUUUUGGCUUAGUACCCAGUAUCUGCAGUCCAGAAAACUUCUCUAGAGAAUGAACUUCUGGACUUCAGCUGGUGUGGGGAAGGGCGGGACAAACAGUAGGGGUGCGGGUGUGGGGAAGGGUGGGACAAACAGUAGGGGUGCGGGGGUGUCAGGGCUAUAACCUCCAAGUAUUCAUUAGGUUCUCCUUAUUUUAGCCAUUGUCCUUUACCCCCGGUUGCCAAGGUAUUGGACCUGCUGACUGGACAAUUCUAAGGGAUGAGUUGGGUUGAUUCUCACCCUUUUCCACUGCCAGCUUGAUUCUUGAGUUAGCCAGUCCAUCCAUAGGCUUUUUCAGCUUUCAAAAUUUUGUUCUGAUUGUUUCUUGUGCUGUCCUCUCCUGUGGAUUUAGGUCUCAUCCAUACGCUUUUCAACUUUUACUGCUUGUACCUUGUCCUGUUUUCUCUCCUUCCUGUGGGUUUGUCUUUUUCCCUGUGGUGUAUUUUAAUGCUAUUUGAAUAAUUCAUCUGACAAAUUAACCUAUUUAGUCAUUUUUCCAGUAAUAUAGUUCUCUAGAAGAAAAUUUCAAAUAGUAAUCUUUGGGGUUCUUAACAUUCAGUGCUACUUUGAUCUUUUUUACUAAUAGAAGUUACACAGCCAUCUAACUACUUUCUAAAAGCAACAGACAUACCAUAUUUAGAUUACUUGCUGAUACAGCCUCUCAAAAUUUUAGUAAGAGCCUAUAUUCUGUAUUUCUCUUUAACUUGUUGGAAGAUAACCAUUAAAAUCUGUUCUCUUUACACUGUUAAACACACUUCACCCUUCUUGGUAGAAGGUCAAAUAAAUGAUACAUUUCAGUA